AUGACCGUGCCUCCACUAAGGGCAAAGUUAUCCAAACUAGGUUUGGAUACAACUGGCAGAAAAGGAGCAUUGCAGGAUCGGUUGUUUGAUCAUUAUGCAUUAGAUGUGGCUGUCGAUGAGGACGGCGAGGCUGAUGAUUACCAAGAGGUGGUCCAACCUAGUAGCUCGAGAUUUACACUACGCGAUAUUCAGGACAGUGUUUCAUCAUUUUCAGGCUCCGAACAGGAAGACGUCAAUCACUGGCUGUCUGAAUUCGAUGACGUUGCAGUUACCAACGAACUCGACUACUCGGUGGUUGUGGGAAACGAUGUGCUACAGUCAGUCGACGUAAUGUUCAGUUCCAACGGCGUCGAGUUCAGGGCAAAAAAGAGAGACUUUGCAUUGACAUUUAAUGGAAUGUGUGUCACGGAGAUAGUCGAGAAAAGUUCCGUCCUAGAUAAAAUUAAUUUAUCUCACCUGGCCGACAAUCAAAAACUAAAGGUACAGGAAGAGGAGAAACAGAUCGCAGCUACCCAGUCGUCCUCCAAAAGGACCAGGAAGCAACCAGUGAAGAAAGUUCCACCGUCGAGCGAAGAAGAGUCCGACGCUGAGGAGCAGAUCGACGAUCAGGUUGAGGUUGAUAGCGACUCCGAGGCAGAAGAAUCGGCUGAUUUAAUUGAUGAUGAGGCUGAGGAAGAUGAAGAUGAGAAUAGUGACGAAGAGGAAGAUGAUGACGAGAAGGUGGAGCUAGGAGAGGUUUCAAAGACCUCAGACGCGGGGGAGGAAGAAGACUCCGACGAAGAUGAUGAAGCCCCUAUCGUCUAUGCCGCGAACUUACCAAAUGAAUACAAACACAAGGAUGUGGUCACCUUAUUCGCCAAGUUCGGACCGAUUUAUGCAGUGCACCGUAUUACUAAUAAGUUGGGUCCCAAUUCAGUCAUUGUGGUCUUUGAUUCGCCGGCUGGAGCAGAAGGCGCUUUGCAAGCCAAGCAUAAGGCGCUGACUCUUGGAGAAAAUGUUUUAACUGAAUCUCAGGCGAAGGACAAGGAAGCUUUAAAUGAACGCACAGUUGUGGUUGCCCUGUUUGGGCCAGAUGUCACCAAAGAGGAUAUCAAGAGCUUUAUCGAGAAAGUAGCUCCCGUGGAGGAUGCGUUGUCAAAGUCCAAUGAACUUACCCUGGUCGUCGAAAAUGUAGGCAGGCACGAGUAUAACAGCUGCGAUGCCUUGGAGAAGAUAUCCAAAAAAUGUGGUGAAUUGGACUAUGUUGACGUUGUGUGCAGCAGAGCAGUUUUUGCAUUCGUCACAUUCAAGCAACCUGAAGGAGCUACAAAGGCUAUUGCAGAACUCCAAGGAAAGACUGUUAACAAUGUGGAGCUAAAGCUGAAGCCCUAUCAUUCCGACAUUGAAAAACUAAAGGUACAGGAAGAGGAGAAACAGAUCGCAGCUACCCAGUCGCCCUCCAAAAGGACCAGGAAGCAACCAGUGAAGAAAGUUCCACUGUCGAGCGAGGAAGAGUCCGACGCUGAGGAGCAGAUCGACGAUCAGGUUGAGGAUGAUAGCGACUCCGAGGCAGAAGACGCGGCUGAUUUAAUUGAUGAUGAGGCUGAGGAAGAUGAAGAUGAGAAUAAUGACGAAGAGGAAGAUGAUGACGAGAAGGUUGAGCUAGGAGAGGUUUCAAAGACCUCAGACGCAGGGGAAGAAGAAGACUCCGACGAAGAUGAUGAAACCCCUGUAGAGGAGCCUGUUCCCAAGAAAGGCAAGGAAAGUAAGAAACCCGGGGAAUCCAACUCUGAAGGAUUAAAAGAAAAGAGCGGAAUUCCUAAAGUGUCCGUUGGUAGGAUUCCCAUAGGAACGCCAAAAAAUCGGAUCGUCUAUGCCGCGAACUUACCAAAUGAAUACAAACACAAGGAUGUGGUCACCUUAUUCGCCAAGUUCGAACCGAGCUAUGCAGUGCACCGUAUCACUAAUAAGAUGGGAUCCAAUUCAGUCAUCGUGGCCUUUGAUACGCCGGCUGGAGCAGAAGCCGCUUUGCAAGUGGUUGCCCUGCUUGGGCCAAAUGUCACCAAAGAGGAUAUCAAGAGCUUUAUCGAGAAAGUAGUUCCCGUGGAGUAUGUAACUUUAACUGCUAACCGCCUUAUUCCCAGAGCAUUUGUACGUUUGGAAUCAGUAGAUGAUAUUCCCAAAGUCCUAAAACUGCACAGCACCGAGCUCUUUUCUCGCUUUAUUACGGUGCGACCUGUUUCGUUCAAGGCGCUGUCAAAGUCCAAUGAACUUAUCCUGGUCUUCGAAAAUUUAGGCAAGCACAAGUCAUACAGCUGCGACGCCUUGGAGAAGAUAUUCAAAAAAUGUGGCGAAUUGAACUAUGUUGACGUUGUGUGCAGCAAGACAGUUUUAGCUUUCGUCACAUUCAAGAAACCUGAAGGAGCUACAAAGGCUAUUGCACAACUCCAAGGAAAGACUGUUAACAAUGUGGAGCUUAAGCUGAAGCCCUAUCAUGCCAGUAGCUCGGGGAGGGCUAUUCUAGUGAAAAACUUGACGUCAGAUACUACUGAAUCUGACCUUAGGCAAUUGUUUACCAAGACCGGCGAAAUCGAGAGCAUCCAGAUGUUGGGAAUUAAGGCCGUAAUAAAGUUCACAACCGAUGAAGGCUUGUGUAAAUCAUUCUUGGCCAACGAAACUAUCGUCAACCGCGAACCUAUUUUUAUCGAGCCCAACUCUCUGCUGAAGCACAGAUUAAUGAAAAGACGCAUUGCAAAAAGCCACGCCCCCGGAAAGUUCCAGAAGGACACAAUUGGCCACAAAUCUUUUAAUCCGCGUCCGUCACAUGAAAAUGAGGGCAAUCCGUUUAUAAAAAGGGCAAAGUUUUAG